AUGUUUAUCAGAAGUAGAGGGAGCUCUGUGAUUUCAAUUGGCCAUACGCAUGAUCACACGAAAGGACAAUUCAAGAUCCCUCUAGAACGGUUUCCAGAAACUGCUAUCAGAUGUAUUAUGAGCCAUCUUGACACGUCUGAUCUCCUUUCAUUUUCAUGUUUGGGAGAUUCGUUUGCUUCUGCUGCAACCCCCUUCAUCUACAGGUCUCUUGUAUUUGCCGAUUCAAAAGAUAAUCAAUCUGAUACACUUAUAGAUAAUUACAGAGGGUUUUUAAGAUUGGUUUAUACACUCAUGAUCCACCCAGAUCGGGGCCAGCACGUAGUCAAUCUUAAAAUUGAGGACAACAAGAACGAAAAAAACGAUAUCUGGAAUGUGAAACUUUCUGAGAUCUUACCAGAGAAUGAGUUGGAAGCUAUGAACGGUGUUUCGGAUCUUACACUGUUCGACGCCCUUGAUUGCCUUUUACAAUUGACUCCAAAUCUAAAGUCUUUACAUGUUCCUGCGCUUACAAUCGAGCAGUUUAGCAAUCUUCCUGGACUAAACAAAGUUGAGGAGAUAACGAUUCAUAUAAGACAGGAAGAUACAUUCCACGAACUACCAUUGAACAACUUAAAAAGGCUAUCCAUUUGUUGCGAGAAAAAUACCGAAUCCAUUCUUGGUAAGCUUGCGAUUCAUUUGAACAAGAUUGGUGUGCUAAGUAACCUCAAUUCCCUAACGUUGAGCUACAAACAGACAGGUUUCAAUGAGAUCCCUCAGCCAACGUGGUAUGCAUUCUUACACCCGCUCUCAGGAAAAGUAUUCCACAGUUUGAAAGAUUUGACUUUGGCUCAUUGUCAAUUGUCUACGAAGCAGCAGUACUUUGCUGGUGCUUUAGUCAGAACAAUUCCAUUUGCACAGCUUGAAUCUUUACAUUUAUCGAUUUACGAAUCGUCGCACAAAGGGCGCAAACAUGUUUCCGAUGCGCCUGUUUUAUUGAACAUGCUUGCACCACAUUUUGAAAACUUGAGAAAACUAAUCAUUCAACCGUCGGGAAACUGCUUGUUAUGUCAAGUUAAGUCUGUCAUCGACUUUUUGCAUUUAUAUCCCCAUCUCCAUGAACUAUGCCUAUUUACAAACUCGCUGAAUACGCUUAAUCGCGACGACCUUACGACUGCAUUAUCCAAAUCUAAAAACCUACACAAACUGGCAAUUUUUGAUGAGGCCAUACAUUUGAAAUUAACCAACCACCUCAAGAAAUGGUUUAUCUACGAAAACAUGGUGAAAUUCAAGGCGUAUGAUCAUUUUGAGUCCGAGUUGCUCUGUCAGAUGAAUAAUUUCCAAUUUGAGAAAUACAGUAUGGACGCAUUCAAAACUUUCAAUACAGAAAACGCCAAUCUUUUGAUUCUGUUUUGGCGCAAGUUUUUGACGUAUAGCAAGUCCGACGAACUGAUUAAAAACUGCGCCUCUGCUACCCAUUUUAAGCUUUAUGGUUACAAUUUCCGCAUCUUAAGGAGCCAGCAGGUGAUACAGUUAUAUACCGGUAUUGGCUCAGGUUAUCAGAAUUUAAUGUACUAUUAG